GGUUAAAUACGUAGGAUUUGAUUGAGACUAAUAAAUAUUUCUUACUUUUUCGCCGCUGUUAUAAUAAUAAUAAUAAAAGGUGCAUUAGAUCCUUACGCUACGAUUACGUACAACUGCAGUUUACUAACGAAUUGGCAGUUGAUUAAAUAAAUGCAUUAUGGUAAAUGAUGAAGUGUUACAAGAAUAUUCUAACUCAAUUAUACGACUCAAAAAACAGUGCAUGGACGCUGGUAUGAGCGAAGAGGAGUUUCGGCGAUUAUAUUUUGAAUCUCUUGACUCUCUAGAACACCGAAAUCCUAUAAGUUCGGUUACGCAUCGAAGACACAGAUCAAAGUUCCGGAUAGCACUGAUUGGCUUGUUUUUAACCAUUUGUGUCGUCUAUAAUAUUAAGCCUAUUUACAGCUCUGUUGUUUGUAAUCUACAAGAAUAUAUCUACCCUGGAUUGAGAUUUCUAAGGCGGAUAUCAAUUCCAUUCAUAUCCUUAUUCCCUGGACUUACUGAUUUAUACCAUGAAACAUGUUUGAUACAAAAUCCAUUCUUCAUGGUUGUGGAUAUGGACUGCUGGCCAUGCAGCAGUGUUUCCAAUGUCAGAGAAAUAUAUGAUCCGAAAAUAAUCACCAAUCAACAGCAUACUGCUCCAUUUAUAUAUGAGACUGACCAACAACUUGUGAGACUAGAGAAACUUAUAGAGUUAUACAAUAAGAAUGAGGAAGUAUUUAACAAGGAAGCACCAAAAAUAUUACUCAAUAAUAAAUAUUAUUCAAAACUGAAUAAAGUAUUCAAUGAACCCCAGAUACUAGGAGAUAAAAAUCUAUUUGUUUGGAAAUUAAAUACUAUGAAUAUUGCUAGAAUACUCCGCCAAGUUAUUCCUAGACCCAAAGUAGUGCCUAAGUUUGGACAGAGCACUGAGAGAUUCUUGAUCAUAGACAAUAGUCAAGGACAGUUUGCCGUGCCAGACACUGAGUGCAGUUUCUCAUUCCUGUUGGUACUCAGUGGUAGCAGAACAGUCAAUUUGAAACCAGCAGAGGAAUGCAAACAUCAGUGUCGAUCAUUGAGAGUUGAAUUGAAAGAAACAUACCUAUUGUGGUACAAUUGGUGGUAUUGGCGACCAGUGGUGCAGCCGUCACUAUCAAACAACACUCUAAUAGCCCAUGUGGGUUCAUACUGUUAAAUAAAGAAAUCAUCAUAAGAAAGUCCA